AUGUCGCCCGCUUACAAGAUUGCCGUCAUUCAACUACACGUCAAGCCCCUCAAACCGGCCGACAACUUUGCCCGGGCGGAGAGAUUCAUCCUUGAUGCCGCAGCACAGGGUUGUCAUCUGGCUGUUUUACCCGAAUUCCAUCUAACCAACUGGGUUCCCACCGACCCGCGAUUCGCGGUACUUUGCGAUGAAUGGGAGACAUAUCUGCGCCGCUACCAGGCUCUAGCAAAGGCGUGUAAUAUCUGCAUUGUGCCGGGGUCUAUCGUCCGCCCAGUUUCAGCAUCCUCCAGCCCAGGUGGUGGUGGUGAUGAUGAUGAUGAUGAUGAUGAUGUUGAUGGUGGGAACGUCACCUUUUUCAUCUCCAACGCUGGGGAGGUCCUGGGAUCCUACGUGAAAAAGAACCUCUGGGGACCCACGGAGCGCGCACACCUGCGCACUUCUGGGGACAGCCCGCACAGGGUGAUCGCGACCCCGCUGGGUCCCGUCGGGCUGCUUGUCUGCUGGGAUCUCGCCUUCCCCGAGGCGUGGAGGGAGCUUGUGAGGCAAGGGGCCAAGAUCAUCAUCGUCCCUACGCUGUGGACCCGUAGCGGAGCCUCCGACGCCGGCCGCCGGCAAAACCCGUCCGCCCCCUCCUUGUUCCUUGACAGCAUCCUGACUGCACGCACGUUCGAAAAUACCUGUGCUGUGGUCUUCGCCAACGCGGGUGGGCCCCCGGGCCGGAACUACUGCGGUCUCUCGCAGAUCAACAUUCCGUACGCGGGGCCGUUGGUGCGCCUGGGUACCUCCACGGAAGGCAUGGGGGUGGCCACGCUGGAUAUGGCCGUUGUCGACGAGGCGGAGGACAACUACGCCAUCCGGGCGGAUUUGUCGGAUCCAGCCUGGCAUUACAAGCAUACGCAAAGGAUGAUUUCAAUGGACAAGAGCACAAAAGGUAAACUGUAA